UCCUUUGUCUGCCGAAACAGAUACUAGAAGACGCCAUGUGCUCUAAGGUCCUACUAGUAUCCUUCUGCCUCAUGGCUUUGGCCAUGGGACGCCCUGAUGGUUCCCUUGCUCCAGCAGGAUAUGGCUACGAAGCCCCUAGACAUCAGCCGAGCUACGAGGAGGGAAGGCCAUUCGACUACUCCUACGUCGUCAAGGACGCCUACCAAAACCUCGACUUCGGCCACAAGUCCACCUCCGACGGGAAGGUGGUGACCGGCGACUACCACGUCCUCCUCCCCGACGGUCGCAAUCAGACCGUCGUUUACACCGCCGACGGCUACAACGGCUACCAGGCGCAGGUCGCUUACCACGGAGUAGCCAAUUACCCUGAAGCCAAACCCUAUGCCCCUGCCCCAUCCUACGGCGCCCCUAGACCCACUUACAAAGCACCUACCCCAGUCUAUGGAACCCCAGCAGCAACUUACGAGGUACCCCAAGCUUUCUACAGCGCUCCCGAAUACUGAAGUAUAUCGAAUAUCUAAUUAGUUCCUGUAUUUAUUCAUCGAUUAUGUAAA